CAUCCCUUCUGGUGUUUGUCUGUCCUUGGUGGAACAUGUAUCGCCCCUCGACACGGAAUGAAUGGAUGUUCUGCGGAACAUUGUUCGCGCAGGGUUCGAUAGUCACCCUCCUCGAAAUCUUCAUCUUAGUGGAGUGGUAUUCUUGGAUCAAUCCCCCGAUAUACCAGGUGCCAGUCUCUUAUGUUGUCCCCAUCAGUCUCGCUAUCCUGAUCUUCGCCUGUGUAUACGAAACCCUCCUCAGCCUUGACGCGGUGCAUCACAAAAACAGCAUCUUGCUCACUGCGAUUUGCUUCAGCAACCUCUGCAUCAUCAUCUUUGCCAGUCUGAAAUGUGUCGAAACCAAAGACGCGGUCACCAGCGUCAGGUACGGAGUUGAUGGAACAGGGCAUCCCUUUACGGACUCAUCGAAGGACCUAUGGAACAUCAUCCAGCCCGCCGUGCUGGCCGCACCCAUAAUCCUCGCGCUGUCGUCAGCAGGGCUGAUCUUGGCCGCCUACCGUCUGCAGCGCGACUACACCUGGAUCAUCUACAAGACCAUUCAUGGUGAUCCGUCCCUCCGUUGGCGCUAUCUUGCCUACGAGCUCUACAUCGUCCUCAUAAAAUACGUAUUCUUCUUCCUCGUGGCCUUCAUCGUCGAAUACAACCUCAUCGACGUGCAUUUCAGCGAGUCAGAGUACAACCUGACGCUAGCUUUGGUCCCCACAACCUUCGUCGUGAUGAUUCUGGGCAUUUACUGUGUGAAGCAGGAGAUGAAAUGGGCCAUGGCUUUCAUUGUAAUGUGCUUCCUAGGUCUAAUCGCCUACCUCCUGAGCCGCAUCGUGGUGCUGUGCGGGUCCUCGCGGCGCGCCCACACGAUCGCCAAAGACACGAUGCUACUCUUCGCCAGCGUGUCUCUUGCAUUGACCGUCUUGACCCUCGCCACCGCCAUCCAGUGCGUUAUCAACUUCGACCACGGGGUGUCGGGCGUCAACCCACGCCAUGCAACCUCCCGAUCCACGACGAUGGGUUCGCGCACCGCAUUUUACCCCCUGGAGACCGCGUAUGCCGGCCGCACGAGUGACGAUGAGGAGAUUAGGGCGCUGCCGCCAUAUCGGUUUGUGGUGAAUUGAAUGAGAUGUACUCCGUUGUACUGUUUGCAUAAUGUAUCCCGGGACCAGGCAAAGUAUUCAAUCACAGAUCUCAUCCCGGUCUCCAUUUCCAUGAACUGUUGUCUGGUUUGAGGAAGUGUGUGGCG